UCACCGAGCAGAAAGCGCUCCGUCGUCGACAGGCAAGUUCGUAGGCGGCCAAGUCGAAAAAUCAUUUUUCUGUCAAACAGUGCGCGAUUAUUUCUUUCGGAAAUUCUAACCGAAAAUCGAAUAAAUCUCCCUAUUGUUAUGUGCUGGCAAUCAAACAUUUAAACAAUUAAUAGCGCUUCUAACGACCUUGAAAGUUCUCUCACGCGAAGUGCUACAGAUCAGUGAUUAGAAGACGACGAAAAAAUGGAAUUCAAAUUUGCGGUAAAUGACGUUUUCAAACAACCGAUCGUCAAAAUCAGCAAUAAUUUACUGCCCCCGGGAUUCACCGGAGAUCGCAGAGCCUUUUGGGACGUCGUCGGGAAAGUUUCAGAAGUGAUAAAUGCUAUGGGAGAGGCUUCAGCUGCAGCUCAAGGACUCACAAAACCGAUAACGACAGCUGAAAGACUGCGAAAUUCUGAACAUUCGGUCUAUUUGCUCAUCGAUCAGAAUGCCGGCAAUGGCCGUGGUGCUGUAACCGGCAUGUUGAAAACCGGCACGAAGGGCCUUUACGUGUUCGACAGAAACGGCCAACAUUAUCAAGUAUCUCCACCAUGCGUGUUGGAUUUUUACGUCCAUGAAUCUCGCCAACGCACUGGUCUGGGAAAACGAUUAUUCGAACACAUGCUUCAGACGGAAAGUAUCGAACCGGUGAAAAUGGCCAUUGACCGACCCAGUGAAAAAUUCCUCGGUUUUCUCAACAAACACUAUUCGUUGAAUAGUCCCGUCAAGCAGAUGAACAAUUACGUGGUUUUCGAUGGAUUUUUUCCAGGUGUUCAAGACAAAAACGGUACCGUGGAGCACAGUCACAGUAACACUCCCGUCGGGAAAAAACAAUCAGCUAACGGCUUACAAACAACGACUUAUGCGUCGCCUUUGGGGCGGUACGGGGCCCCCAGGCCUCCGUGCAGUAUGGGGCAGAUAAUACACAACCAGACUUCGACCAUAGCGAAAACGCCAGAACCGACAGGAGUUAGAUCGGCUCCCGAGACUAAUUACCAAAGUGCGGCCACAAACAGUCCUAAUAUGUCACAAAGUACUCCUAAUAUGUAUUAUCAAAAGUAUGACGGCUUGGCUUCAAAUUCUGAACAAGUGAAAUAUUACCAGCAUCAGCAACAAAGUAAUAAUGCAUGGCAGAAUUUCGCAAAUACGGGAUAUGAUUCUCGGUAUAAUCAAGACUGGACACAAAAUGUAACACAAAAUCAAUAUCCUCAACAUUUACAACAAAACUAUCAAAUUCCACCACAAAGUGUACAAGAAUCAUCACAGAGUGUAUCACAAAUGUUGCCACCUGGCGGCCAGAAUGUUGCCCAACCUGUAUCACAAAAUGUAGUACAAUCACAAUAUGUACAACAAUCUUUGCCACAACAUGUACAACAAUCUUUGUCACAACAUGUACAAUCUAUGCAACAACCUAUGCCCCAAUAUGAACAACUUAUGCAACAGCCAAUGCCACAACAUGUACAACAACCUGUGUCACAACAUGUACAACAACCUAUGUCACAACAUGUACAACAACCCAUGUCACAACAUCUACAACAACCUAUGUCACAACAUGUACAACAACCUAUUCAGCAGCCUAUGCCACAAUAUUUAACUCCAACUAUAAAACAAAGUGUGUCGCAGACUGUGCAUGACGUGACGCAACCUGUAUCACAAAUCAUUCCACAGCCUAUGUCACAAAUUACAUCGCAACCUGUAACGGCGUCUAUGUCACAACCUGUAGUGCAACAGAUACCACAAACUUCACAACCUGUAAUGCAACCUAUGACACAACAACCAUCACAACCGGUAUUCCAGACUCCAUCACAACCUGUAAUUCAACCUAUGUCACAAGAUACAUCACAAAUUGUCUCAUCACAAUCUACAUCGCAACCUAUGCCACAACCUUCAGUGUUGCCAUCCCAAUCUUCGCAAAGUCAACCUAGUCAAAACCAACAACAAACUCAAAAUCCGACAUACGUGUAUCAAAAUAUGGAGCAAACUCAACCUAAUGUUACUUACAAUAAUGUCAAUAAUGUACAAAAUAGUCCCCAAAUUCGGCCCCAAGCGAAUAUCUACACCUUGCCUUCAUCGGAAUAUCAGAUGCAAUAUUCAGCUCCAGAUAUGCAAUCUCAACAAAAUGCGGGUUCGAAUAUGAAUAAUGCUACACCACCACAACAAAAUCUUAGUAAAACACAAAUAAAACCAGCCGAAAAUGAAGCACAAAGUCAACAAACAGUUCAUUAUCAAAAUCAACAAGUCGAGAAUUUUAAUAGAAAUGAAACAAAUGAUCAUUCGGCGUUGGGUAAUGACGGAAAAGGUGAUAUGGGAAAUGCUCCUAGUGACGAAUUUGGUUUACGAUACGGAUAUCCGCCACAAGUGAAUGAACCAUUGAGACAAGCUUCGAUGAUUAGUAUGAAGGGUCGUUAAUUAAUUCCCAAAUUCCCCGUCCUAGAAUUCCUAACAAAAUUUCAAGUCGCACGUAUUGUUUGACAAAGGGCACAAAUAGCCUCACAGUAAAAUAAGUUUCUAGAAAAAUGUAUGCAAUAUUCCAGUGAAACCCAGGUAAUGGAAGAAAAAGUCAACUCUUCGCCAAAAUUAGAACGUCCUCGAUCUCUUUCUAUACAGCCAAGUGAAGAACAGACCGAAGAUAAUCAAAAUGAAAAUGAUGUAGAAAGUGAGGUACUCGAAAAAGAAAUC